GACGUUGGUUCGCUCCUUUUCCGCCCGGCGCCGGGUCCUGUGCACAUGGCCUGUUCGUGCCGCCAAGCCUGAAGCGUCUUUCUUUACGACCCCCAGAGCACCCAAGGGCCCCCCCCUAGAUCACGUCGUUUGGCAGCACGGAGACUCCGGAGAACAGCAACGUGCGGAGAGCAGAGAAUGCACCGGGCGGAUAACGCGCUGGACGGGCCUGAGCUCGACAUGGAGGACGAGGAGGCCACCGAGGAGGAGAUGUCAUUCAGUGACCCGGAGGACUUCGUGGACGACAUCCCGGAUGAGGAAUUACUUGAUGAUAUCGUGAAAGACUGUCCUCAAGAAGCAGACGGCAUUGACUCUGUGGUCGUAGUAGAUAAUGUACCCCAGGUUGGACCUGACCGCUUGGAGAAGCUGAAAAACGUCAUCAAUAAGAUCUUCUCAAAGUUUGGAAAAAUUACCAACGAGUAUUAUCCAGACACGGAUGGGACAACUAAAGGGUACAUUUUCCUUGAAUAUGCGUUACCAGCCCACGCUCAGGACGCUGUGAAGAAUGCAGAUGGCUACAAGUUGGACAAGCAGCACACGUUCCGAGUGAACCUCUUCACAGAUUUUGAUAAAUAUAUGGUAAUUUGUGAUGAGUGGGAAGUCCCUGAAAAGCAGCCAUUUAAAGACUUUGGUAACCUCCGAUCAUGGCUUGAAGAUGCAGAUUGCAGGGAUCAGUUCAGUGUUAUAUUUGAAUCGGGUGACAGAACGACAAUCUUCUGGAAUGAUGUCAAGGAGUCGGUUCCAGUGGAGGAAAGAGCUAGAUGGACCGAGACAUACGUGCGGUGGUCUCCAAGAGGCACUUACUUGGCCACUUUCCAUCAGAGAGGAAUUGCCCUUUGGGGCGGGGAGAAAUUCAAGCAGAUCCAAAGGUUCAGCCAUCAAGGAGUACAACUCAUUGACUUUUCUCCAUGUGAAAGGUAUCUUGUUACAUUUAGCCCUCUUAUGGAUACUCAGGACGACCCUCAGGCCAUUAUUAUUUGGGACACUUUGAGUGGAGUGAAGAGGAGAGGAUUCCACUGUGAGAGCUCUGCACACUGGCCAAUCUUUAAAUGGAGUCACGAUGGCAAGUUCUUCGCUAGAAUGACACCAGAUACGCUGAGUAUUUAUGAAACUCCUUCUAUGGGCUUGUUGGAUAAGAAGAGUCUGAAAAUUACUGGGAUAAAAGAUUUCUCAUGGUCCCCUGGUGGCAACAUCAUUGCAUUCUGGGUUCCAGAAGACAAAGAUAUCCCUGCCAGAGUGACUUUAAUGCAGCUGCCCUCCAGACAAGAGAUCAGAGUCCGAAACCUGUUCAAUGUGGUGGACUGCAAGUUGCACUGGCAGAAGAAUGGAGAUUAUCUGUGUGUGAAGGUGGAUAGGACUCCUAAAGGCACUCAGGGUAUGGUGACCAACUUUGAGAUCUUUAGAAUGAGAGAGAAGCAAGUUCCAGUAGAUGUGGUUGAAAUGAAAGAUGGUAUCAUUGCCUUUGCUUGGGAGCCCAAUGGAAGCAAGUUUGCUGUGCUUCAUGGCGAAGUCCCUCGAAUAUCAGUCUCAUUCUACCACGUCAAGAACAACGGGAAAAUUGAUUUGAUCAAGACGUAUGACAAGCAGCAAGCUAAUACCAUCUUCUGGAGUCCACAGGGUCAGUUCUUGGUCCUUGCAGGUUUACGAAGCAUGAAUGGAGCCCUUGCCUUUGUGGACACUUCAGAUUGCACCAUAAUGAACAUUGCAGAGCAUUACACAGCGUCCGAUGUGGAGUGGGAUCCAACAGGCCGUUACGUCGUCACUUCUGUGUCCUGGUGGAGCCACAAAGUGGAUAACGCUUACUGGCUGUGGACCUUCCAAGGACGACUUCUCCAGAAGAACAACAAAGACAGGUUCUGCCAGCUGUUGUGGCGGCCAAGACCACCAACUCUGCUAAGUCAAGAUGAGAUAAAGCUAAUCAAGAAAGAUCUGAAGAAGUACUCCAAGAUAUUUGAACAGAAAGAUCGUUUAAGUCAAACCAAGGCUUCAAAGGAACUGGUUGAUCGCAGAAGGACCAUGAUGGAAGAAUACAAGAAAUACAGAGAGGACUCACAUAAGAUGUAUUUGGAGCAGAAAGCUGCCCGCUUGGAGCUCAGAGGUGGAGUUGAUACAGAUGAGCUGGACAGCAACGUGGAAGACUGGGAAGAGGAGACCAUUGAAUUCUUUGUCACUGAAGAAAUUAUCCCACUGGAGGAGUAGUCCGCUAGCGUUUUACGUUGACCUAUCCAGCAUCAAUACUUGUCCUCUACCAAAAUCCGAAACUCCUUCCGUCUUAGUCCUUCUCCUGCGACCGUGAAUGGACAUUACAUCGUUCCUCUCUGAAGCUGUGCCUUUAAUCUUCAGUGGAGGAUCUUCGAAAGAGCGCUACUUUUUAAUCUAAUUUCUCAUAUCUCCACUUAUUCCAUCCUCAACAAAGAGAAGGGAACUCCCGCUCUGCUGCUUUCACAUCCAGAGCCUCUCUGCCUCACCAUGACUUUUCCUCCUGAGGCUCGAUGCACGUGGGUUCAGCUUGCGAAAAAGGGCCUUUUCUACUUCCAUUCAGAAUGGACAGCCAUCGGUUUCUACUGGCAGACGAUUAGUAAAAAUACUCUUGGUCUAGAUUUUAGUGUGCGAAAGCAGCACUUCAGUGGACUGUAUCCUCCUCCAUUCAGAUUGCAACUUUGUGGGAUUAAAGAUGGAAUUUAAAGUAAACC